AUGCGACAAGUCGCGGACGCAGAGAUGAGCAUACAGCGUCGCAUAGCUUUGGCCUGGCUGGUUCAGGCCCAGGCACAAGCUGCUCGCAAUUCUCUUGCGCCUUUCCUCUACCAAACAACGACUCUCGCCCCUAUUAGACCUCGCUCGUUGAGCUCUCCGCCUCUUCGAUGCUCAAGCUACUCGACCUCCGAUACCCCCAACUCGCCUUCAGCCAAACCACAUAACCAAUCGCGAAAUGACCACUCUUCCGAACCGAACGAUAAUAAAUCAUGCGGGACUGCAGAUCAUACCGAAUUCUCCCCUCCUCCCUCUGGGAAGUCCUUCUUACGAAGAAAAGGUGCCUCUAUGGCCAAGCAGAAGCGCGCUCUGGAUGCGAAAUUAGACAAGAAACCUGUACAAAAGCCAAAGUGGAAGCCGAGGCCAAAGUUGACCAGCCAUGAGUCUCGCACGCUCGCGGAGCUCUUCUCGAAACUUCCAUCUGAAAAGCGCCAACAAGUGUCGCCGCAAGAAUCAGAAGAGUCGGACGCAAAGGUGGAGGCGGAGGCAGAGGCAGACCAGAUAGAGGCAAUGAAGACAGAGGAAAAUGAAAUGUCAGAGAUCUCUGCCAUCUUUGAUGCCGUUUUGCGGGAUGCGCAGAAGCGAAAGGAUCGUCAGGCCCAACUCAACGACAAACACAGCGCAGGGGAAAGCAAAGUGUUAGAUGCGAAGGCCCAGGAAGACGCAAUAAAGACCCAGAACAAAAUAUUCCAUCUACCCGACACCGAUGAGGAGCUAGCGGAGCUCCUAAACAAAGGCGAGAUGACACUGGCUAACGCAAUUGAGCUGGUCAUUGCGCGCGAAACUACGAGGAUCAAUUCCAUUCUCCACGCUGCUGUUGAGGAGCAAAUUAUGCCAGGCAAGUUUUGGAAACUAUGUCAGACACAUGUUUUCUCCAUGGCGCAACAUCUGCGGCGUGAAGAUGAGAAAACUGCGUCUGGUCAAGCAGUUCAGCACAGUCGCAAGUCCAAGACACCCGAAUCUCCUCUCAAAGUCCCCGCGUGCGUCCCCAUCGAAUCAGUCGUGGUAGCAGUAUACCCACGAGUUCUCCGUACCGCAUUCGCCCUUCUCAACGUCCACUUCCCAGACUCAUAUCUAGUCAAUGAGUUUAGGACAAAGGUCACCUCGUUGGGCCGCGAAUCAGCCACCCUCGGUCUCUCAGCCCAACUAUACAACGACAUGAUCUACUUUCACUGGCGCGUCACACAUGAUAUCGCCGAAUUAGUCACCCUCCUACGUGAAAUGGAGCUCACGGGGGUCAACCCAACGGCGGGGACAAUCACCAUUAUCAAUUCAAUUGUGGAAGAACGACAAAGUGAUCUGAAGCGGCGGCAAAGGGAUAAACCAUCGGAUCAGCCAUGGUGGGAUCACCCACCCAAUCGCAAGGCUUUCCGCCAGUUAACUGGUGAGGAUACUUGGGGGGAUGGCUUGCUUUCUCGGAUGACUAAAUUAUACAAAAGCAAGAAGCUGAAGAAGGCCGUUAGUGAUACAUUCAUUUAA